AUGAAGAAGAAAGCAUUUAUGCGAAGCAGUAAGGAGUUGCUUGAUAUUUCAAAGGCAAAUGUUAUUAAUGCGAAAAUGUCUGUUUUACAAUACAUUCGCGACUUUUUAGGCUUCUUGCUUCGCGUAUUUCCGGAAUUCCAACAGCACUGGUAUGUUGAAUCUCAGCUUCACCAACCGGAAGAAGUGCGCAGACUAUUAUGUGACGAUAACUAUGUCAAAACUCUGUUACCAGCUUUCUUGAAAGACAUGAAGACAUAUCAUCAAAAGUUUGGUGCCACAUUUGAAUUGGUUUUUUUUUCACAAGAGUGCCUAGGUUAUGAUUCAAACCACGCAAAGAUGAGAUAUGAAUUGUAUUCGCUCGCGUUGAAAAAACCUGGUCUGGGAGAAAGCUAUUUCAUUCAGAAAUUGGUGGAUGAUUUAGUGUCAAUGGAUUUUAAAGACCUCGAAGCUUUACUUCGAACAUGGAUUGAUUAUCUUGAAGAUGUCUCUAACGCUUUAGGAAUAAUGAGCCAAGAGUGUCAAGAAGUUAUCGAAUUUCUUAACCAAUUAGAGGUGUUAACACCAAAACCUCGACAAGCAAUACACACAGCGCUUGGACUUCCUACAGACUACAUCAAAUGUAAUUGUUGUGACAUAGAUGAAAACGAUAGCGAAUAUUUGGAUUCUAGAGAACAGAUUUUAUCGACCCACCCGGACACAUCGAUACUUUACAAGUUACAUUUACAAUGUGGCAAGUUGAUUAACAUAUAUGAUUGGCUGGAAUCAUUUGAAAGUGUGAUUUCGAGGGAUAAUCUGGAAAAUGGAAAGAUCGACGAUAAGGAAGUUCGGUGA